UUUCAUAACCACACAACAAAUCUCUCUGUUUCUCCCGCUCUUGCUCUGUUUUCUCAAAGACAAAAGAGGACAUCGUCGUUGACUCCUCUUCUCUAUGGCUACUGCUAAGAACAAGGGAAAAUCAAUCAGGGUCCUUGGUACCAGUGAAGCAGAGAAAAAGGAUGAGAUGGAGUUGGAGGAGGAGUUCCAGUUUAGUAGCGGCAAGUAUAAAGAUUCGGGUCCUGGCUCGGACAUGUGGUUAGGAGAUGCUUCCUCUACGUCUCCAAGAAGUCUUAGGAAGACUAGAACCUUUGACCGACAUAAUCCCUAUCUCGUAUCUUCUUAUGCUACUCCUCAGCCGCCAACAACAACUACAUGCUCUGUCUCUUUUCCCUUUUACCUCCCUCCAGCGAUUCAAAAUCAACAACGAUUUUUACACCCGAAUGACCCUUCAGGACAAAGACAGCAACAAAUGAUCUCGUUUGAUCCUCAACAACAGGUGCAACCAUAUGUUGCACAACAGCAGCAACAACAACAACAUCUAUUGCAGUACUGGAGAGACAUUCUGAAGCUGAGUCCGAGCGGAAGAAUGAUGAUGAUGAACAUGUUAAGACAAGAAAGCGAUCUGCCACUGACGAGGCCACCGGUUCAACCCUUCAGCGCCACCAAGCUAUAUAGAGGUGUCAGGCAACGCCACUGGGGAAAAUGGGUUGCCGAGAUCCGUAAGCCACGAAACAGGACACGUCUCUGGCUAGGGACAUUCGAUACAGCAGAAGAAGCCGCCAUGGCCUACGACCGCGAGGCCUUCAAGUUGAGGGGAGAGACCGCUAGGCUCAAUUUCCCUGAACUUUUUCUCAAUAAACAAGAGCCAACUCCCGUGCAUCAGAAACAAUGUGAGACGGGGACUACUAGUGAAGACUCAAGCAGAAGAGGAGAGGAUGAUUCGAGCACGGCAUUGGCAGUAGGAGGGGUGAGUGAGGAGACGGGUUGGGCUGAGGCAUGGUUCAAUGCAAUUCCAGAGGAAUGGGGACCUGGAAGCCCUCUAUGGGAUGAUUACCACUUUCCCAUUUCUAACCAUAAGGACGAUCUUGACGCCACACAAAACUCUUCUUCUGAUACAAUUUAGGACCUUUGUUAGAAUAUAGAUAUGCUUAGUUGUAUGACUGAUCUAGCUUGUGUUUUUUUUUUGGGUGGAGACAGUUUUUGUCAUCUUCCACAUUUUAGAUUCUAUUUUCGACCAUCAUUUUUUUCUUGAUCGGUGACUAUGAAUCUAAUGGGGUCAAUCAUUUUCACAUAUAAAACUUAAGUAUUUGGUGUUUGUACUUCAUCAGUUCAUCUUAUUCCAUAGAAAGAGAGUGAGAAGUG